GCAUGCGCAAAUAAAACUGUCCACUCUGCCAGCUCAGCUGACAACAGCAGCAGUUCGGCAGCCAGAUGAUGGCAGACUCUGGAAGUACCGAAGAAGUAGCUGUGAUCGUUAACACCGAUAUCACUUCAACGGAAUCAGAGAACAACAUUAUAAACACGAUGAUGGAAGGAGGGACAGCUCUUUUGAGAAAAAUGGAGAUAAAUGUGGCAGAGGCAGAGAAGCGAACAGGGAAGAACACGGUUAACAUGCAGGAAACCUAUACAGUCUACCUCAUAGAAACACGAACAGGCCAUUGGCAAAGUCAAAGACCAGCUGAAACUGUGCCAGAGGGCGGUACCCCUCCCACGCCUGACACUUUGUGGAGACGCUACAGUGAUUUUGAGCUGCUUAGGACAUACCUCCUGGUCACCUACCCCUACAUCAUCAUCCCUCCACUACCAGAGAAAAGAGCAGAGUUUGUGUGGCACAAGCUGUCAGCGGACAACCUUGACCCAGACUUUGUUGAGCGACGGAGAGUCGGCUUGGAAAACUUCCUGCUGCGUGUUGCAUCACAUCCUGUCAUUUCCAAUGACAAAAUCUUCUUCCUCUUUCUGACAGAGGAGAAGGGAUGGAGGGAGGCGGUUUUGGAGACAGGUUUCCAAGACAAGGUUGACUCCAGACUAAAGUCUCUGAGUGCCAUGUUCAGAGUCAAGAACCCUGACAAGCGAUUCACAGCACUGAAACAAUACAGUGAUGAACUCAACACUGCCAUCUCUCAGUUACUGAGGGUGCGGGCGAGAGUAGCAGACAGGCUGUAUGGAGUUUACAAGGUCCACGGUAACUACGGCAGAGUCUUUAGUGAGUGGAGUGCUAUAGAAAAAGAGAUGGGAGACGGACUACAGAGUGCUGGCCACCACAUGGACACGUAUGCUGCAACAAUAGACGACAUUCUGGAGGAAGAAGAGCACUAUGCAGACCAACUGAAAGAAUACCUUUUCUACACUGACGCUGUCAGGUCAGUAUGUAGGAAACAUGAGUUGAUCCAAUAUGAGUUGGAGAUGGCAGCUCUGGACCUCGCCCAUAAGAAACAACAGAAGGAAGAGCUGGCUACUGGGAUAGUGCGCGUCUUUUCUCUGAAGGGGAUGACCAGUAAACUUUUUGGCCAAGAGAGCCAGGAGCAGAGGGAGAGCAGGUUGGCAGCCCUGGAGCAGAGUAUCCAGGAGGGAGAGGAAAUGGUCAAGGACAAGAACACAGAGUGCAAAGAGUUUGUGCGAACAGCCUGGGAAGACAUUGAACGUUUUAAGGAACAGAAGGACAAAGAUUUGCGUGAAGCACUAAUCAGCUACGCCAUUAUGCAGAUCAGCAUGUGUAAGAAGGGAGUCCAGGUGUGGUCCAACGCCAAGGAGUGCUUCAACAAAAUGUGAGCCACUUUCCAGCCAAUCAAACUCCUGCACCAAAACAAUAGUCAGUCAGAUUGUUCACAGUGGGGCCAUCAGCCAAUCAUCAGCAGUCUUGGAAAUGGACCAUGCAAGCCCAAAUACUACCUUCAGUUUGUUUGCUAUGCUAAAUUGAAGCGACUUAUAAUGAUUUUCUGUCUCCUUUUCUCUCUCUUAUUCUCAAACGCAUGCACACACACACACACACACACUUUAGAAAAAAUGCCCAAGUCAGAGUCAUUUAGUGGAUUCAUGCCUUUUAAAUCUAAGUGUCUUAACAGUACUUGGCAUUCUGCUGAUGUAAUUUUCAUACCGCAAGAUGAUCCAAAUUUUCAAUACCUUUUCCUCCUUUGUUGCACAGCUGACAGCAUGUUCAAGAGGAAAAUCCUGCACCAAUAAUGCAUGAUAGUUGCACGGUGGGAAUAGCUGUGCAGCGUAUUUCAGUUGUUACCCAUUUCUUGACUUAUCCCUCACACUGAAAAUAAGGAAGAUGUAGUCUUGAGAAGCUGCGCAUUUCAGUUAGUCCAGUUAGUUCAGUUAGUUUUCCACACUAAAACUGCAAUUACUUGUCACAAUAUUUUAAAAGGAGGCAAAGAAUUCAUUAAAAAAAACUACUACUACUAUUGACCAGCAUCAAUGUUGUUUGGUAUAAUUUUUUUCAAAAAAUAAUUCAAAUAGUCUCUCUGCUAGAGCAUCUAUAAACUAUGUCCCCAGGCCUCCCAAAUGUAGCAGAACUGUGCAUUCAAAUAAAAGUGCAGUUAGGGAAUCAGCCUGAGAAUUGUUGCCAGAAAUUAGCUCCAGAAGAAUACUUCUUCUCAGCCUCAAAUAAGAAAUGUAGUCUUUUGAAAUUCUAGUUAAUCAAAUUGUCAGGUGGAGAUCAUUCAGAAACAAGAAGUCAGUUUGUAAGGCAAUGGAACAUGGACCACAAUUUAGGAAGCCACUACACAUUCACAUUCCCUUUUCUUCCUCAUCCUGAAAUACUUGUCAUGCACUUCAUGCUGAAGUCAGGCUUUAUGCUGUUAUUGAUCAAUAGCUGACCAAAGUGCUUAUGACCAAGUACUUGUUUAGUACAGAUCACGGGUGGGGAGCACAGGAGAGGGGUUGACAAGCUUGGGGUACUUUUGGUAAUUUUUUUUUGUUUGUUUUGUGCCAAAAGCAAAGAGCCAUGAGUGAGAUACAGUCAUGAAGGCCUCAGUAGAGCAUUUUUUCUUGAAUUCCUUAAUGGAGGCUUUUUAGAGGUCUGACACAUGGUGCCCCCAACAACUUCCUGAUCAACCAAGUGCAACAAUAAGCAACACAUACAGAUCAAUAGUUGAGCCUUUUCUUUGCUGUCAAGCUUUAUAGCCUUAAUACGAACAUUUGUUUUGUACAACAGGGGAGAGACAAAACAGUUGUUUGACGCUCUCUGCCCACUUUCAGUGUGCCUCACACGUUUUUCUGAUAUUAAGUCACUGCACUAAAUAAUCAACUUGGUUCCAAGAAAAUCUCAGGCCAAUGUUUAAGAAACAUACUGACCAAAUAGUGGAAACCUUCAACUACAAAUGUAUGUAUAAAUGGAUUCUCAAAUUCUGGUUACAUGUACGUACACUAUACAUGUGCUACUUUUGCUUCCUUUAUGAUAUCCAUCUGAGGAGGAAAAAGUGGUGCAAAAUGGGGAUGACAUGUAAAUGUUGUGCAGAGAUUAUUUUCCAUCAGCAAACCUUACCUUUUCAGAAUAAACUUAAUCAAUUUACUGAAAUAAUACCAAAUUGAGGCUUUAUGUAUGUUUUUAUAAUAAAUGUGUUUAAAUAAGAGAUUGUUUUUAUGUUUCUGUAAAUGAUUAUGCUAAGACACUAAUAAACAUUUCUUUUUUUAAACUA